AAAGUCUAAAAGCCCGCAGUUGGUUGUUUUUGUGUAUAUAAAGCUUGAAGAGCAAAGGAGAUCUACUUCUCUAGAAAUGGAUGGCAUGCUGAAAAUGCCAUGCUCUUCUUCUGGUGUCGCUGCAGAAGAAAACAGUUUUGAAUCUAUCGACCAUGAGACCCAAGAGGCUAGACAGGUUCAAAGUAGAAGAGUAUUGCAUGAGAUCGGCAGCUUGAACCGAUCUUCAACAGGCUACAAGGACUUGGGAAAUGGCAAAGAGGUGAAUGAACUUGAAUCUGCCAAAGCGGAAAUGGGGGAGGUGAAAGAAGAAAAUGAAAGAUUAAAAGUGAUGUUGGAGCAAAUCGAGAAGGAUUACCAUUCUCUUCAGCUGCGUUUCUUCGACAUCAUCAAACAGGAAUCUCCCAAGAAAUCUACAGAGUCAUCACCAGCUCCCUUACAUGAUGAAACUGAAGAACCUGAACUUGUAUCGCUUUGUCUCGGAAGAAGUCCGAGCGAGCCCAAGAAAGACGAGAAAGCCAGCAACCCUAGCAAUAGCAAAAGUAGUACCAAUUAUGAGGAAUGGAAGGCCAGCCUUACUCUUGGAUUGGACUCCAAGUUUCAACUUUCUACGGAGCUUGUUUCUGAUGCAAGCCCCGAGACUAGUUUGGAAGAGCCUAAGCAAGCUGCUGAUCAGACAUGGCUACCAAGUAAAACUCUAAAGACAAUGAGAAAUGGAGAUGAUGAAGUUUCACAGCAAGCCCCUGUGAAGAGAGCUAGGGUUUCUGUGAGAGCUAGAUGUGACACUCCAACGAUGAAUGAUGGAUGCCAAUGGAGGAAAUAUGGACAGAAAAUAGCUAAAGGAAACCCAUGCCCGCGAGCAUACUAUCGUUGCACAGUUGCACCAGAAUGCCCAGUAAGAAAACAGGUGCAAAGAUGUUCUGACGACAUGUCCAUCUUGAUCACCACCUAUGAAGGAACCCACAACCACCCCCUUCCAGUUUCAGCCACUGCCAUGGCUUCUACCACUUCCGCUGCCGCUUCCAUGCUAUUGUCAGGUUCGUCAAUGUCUCAACCCGGCCUCGGUCCCACGGCCACUGCAACUGCUGCUCCGGUAUUCAAUGGAUUAAAUUUCAAUCUCUUGGAUAAUUCAAAAACAAAACAAUUUUACUUGCCAAACUCUUCCUCGCCGGCGCCCCUUUUCCCAACAGUCACUCUAGACCUCACUACCUCUCCAUUCUCUUCAUCCACUCUUUUCAACAGAUUACCUUCAAGCUUUGCUUCAAACCCAAGAUUUCCUUCAAGAAGUUUAAGCUUCUCAUCCUCAGAAUCCAACAAUAUUCUACCAACGACUUGGGGCACUGGAUACCCUAGUUAUAGUGCAAUACCCUACAACAAAACCCACGCUGGGUCCAUAAAUCUUGGGAAACAAUCCCAAGAACAUUUCUACCAAUCUUAUUUGGAAAAGACCCACCAGGCUUCUUCUCAACAGUCUUUAACAGAAUCCCUAACCAAGGCCAUUGCAACAGACCCGAAUUUCCGAUCUGCUAUUGCCGCCACCAUUUCAUCAAUAGUGGGCGGCGGUGCAACCCAUGAUAACCAAGGUGGAGGGGAGCCAAUUCAGGCAGUUUCUCCUGAUCCAUUGACCCAAAAGGGGAAAGCAUGUGCAUCAAGCUUCUUCAACAGAUUUGCGUCACCGAAUUCCCACACAGCAGGCUUGAUGCUUCUACAGCCUCCGUUGCCAUUAUCCAUCUCCAAGAGUAGUUCUACAUCUACUUCUUCUGUCAUUAGGGAUCAGAUGAACUGAUGGGUCUUAAAUAAUAUCGCCUGGGAUGUCAUGAUGAUUGAAGCUUCCUUUUUUCCUUUUUUGACAA